AUGCCAUCAACCACUACAGUGCAGAAGCCUCUACAGACCUUUGGUCGUGAAGCAGGUGAUUUUGACGCACUUCCCAUUAUUGACUUGGCGACACUGAGGAGCCCCGACAUCCAGGAGCGUCGCGAACUUGCUCGCAAAAUUGACAAGGCUUGCACGGAUGUCUGUUUCUUUUAUGUCAAAAGUCAUGGAGUAUCCGAAGAAUUGAUCAGUGCGACUUACAAAGCGGCUCACCGAUUCUUCAGCCUCGAAGAAGGACAAAAAAUGAAAUACUACCUGGGAAACUCCACGAACUUUCGUGGUUACAGUCCGUUGUACGGGGAAAAAUCUUCAAACCCCGAUCUUGAGGGAGACGCCGAGAAGAUAUUCCCGGGGGCACUCUCGGAGGCAUUUGACAUGGGGUACGAAAUUCCAGCAGAUCUUCAGAAGUCGCCUGGCCAUGUGCUUCCCGAUGAUGUCUACGGACUGCUGGGGAAAAACCAAUGGCCCAGCGAUGACGCGGUGCCGGGACUUCGAGAUGCGUAUACUCGUUAUUUUGGCGAGGUCUUGGAGCUGGCCAGGGCUCUGAUGAGGGUUUUUGCGCUCGCGCUGGAUCUCGAGGAGGACUUUUUCGACCCCAUGAUGGAAUAUCCGGGCGUCACCUCCAGGAUGCUGCAUUAUCCCCCGCAGCCGGUCGAGGGAGAGGAGGUGCCCGGGCUUGCGGCUCACACGGAUGACAUCCCGGCUCUCCAGGUCCGAAAUAAACAUGGAGAAUGGAUAACCGCCCCGCCAAUACCGGCAACGUUUAUCGUGAAUAUUUCGGACUCUUUGGCGCUGUGGUUCAAGUCGACCAUUCACCGAGUGGUGAACCUCACCGGUGAAGAACGGUACUCCAUUCCAUUCUUCUUCGGCGUGGACUACAACACAACCAUUUCUGUACUGGAAAACCAAGUCAGCGAGAAGAAGCCCCCAUGUUGUCGACCAUUCAAAGUGGGCGAGUAUGUACGCAAGAAACUGGCCAGCGCAUACAUCGGAUACGGCGGGCAACCUGCUGGUCGUAAACAGGCUUAG